ACAGAUGGCUUGAGACUAUAAAAACUAAAGUUCGUAUUUCGCUAGAUCACUCUGUUGGAGAAUUAAAGAAAGGUAAGUUAGAGAGCAUUUUCUUUUAGAUUAUCAAAAUGCGCAUUGAUACAACGAGUUUAGCUUCAGCUGUUGCUAAGAGAGACACCGAUGAUGAUGCUGACGUGAAUGCUGAUUAUGAAAAAUCAUUAGAAGAAAUAGAAACAAGAAAAAAGAUAUGCAAGGGCUUCGAGUACGCUGAACAUACAACAGGAUUGGUGGGUAAUUUGAUCGAUGAUCUUCCAGAUUUGCCUCUUAUUACCGAUACCGUAAAAGUAGUACUUUCGGGUAUCACAGCGAUACUACACAUAGCUGAAUUUGGAAUGGACAUUGCUCAAACAGCGAUGAGAUGUGGUGCAGUUAACUUUGAUGAGGUUAAAGUAAUAAUGAAUAAAAGAUUUGACGACGUAGAUAAAAAACUCGAUAAAAUGACUGAGGUGAUGGAAAAACUGGAUGAAGCCAUAACUAUAACUCUCCGAAGCGUCGAAAAAACUAGGGCGGAGAUGAACUGGGGCUUCAAAACUAUACUGGCAAGCCUGAAAAAUCACGAAAUACAAACAAUACUCAGUAAAAUUAACAAAUUCUCUCGAUAUUUUGAAGAAAAAAAGGAUGAGAUAAGUAAACUACCAAAGGACCAAUUUGUAUUCCGGUUGAAAGAAGAAGACGGUAUUCUUGAUUACUUGCAAAAGAUCCGAAAACCAGAAGGUUUGCAUUCAGAUUUAUUAGAGCUUAUGGAUAAAAAUACUAAUUAUGCGAUUCCUAAAAACGCUGAAGACAUCAAAGCGUUUCAAGCAUUAUAUGCUUUAUUUUAUGGAACACAAACAUAUGCAUCAGUUAUGUUUUUCCUUCUUAAACAGCAUUCCUACCUUGCAAGCUAUUUUUAUCAAGAGGGAAAAGACGCAGAUUUUAAUGACGAAUUCGAUAUUUUGAUAGCUACAUUUAAAGAAUUCAAAACUUCACUUAUUGGAAGCAAGGGUCUAAUUAAUAAGGUUGUCCAAACGUUAGACGAAGUAAAAAAUAAGCCUUUCAUUCUUUUCGUUGAAGACCAGUUAUACGCUGACAUCUCUAAGAGACAAGACAGCUUACGAGAACUACAGUCAAAUAUUGCUAAUAUGACGUUAUAUGUCAUAGAAGAUGUACCAGAUCCUGUACUUGAUAUCGACUUUGAUGAACCUAUUAUCCCAUCAAACUACGGGGAUUGGGAUGAUAAGGCUAGAGUGAAGUAUGCAGUGCAGCUCAGAAAAAAUGGAACUUAUUCUAAAUUUAGUGACUGGACGGAAUCCGUAAAGGUGGACGGGAAAGCAAAUCCAUUUCUUAAAAUCAAUCGAGACGAAUACGGAAGAGACAGGUUAGUUUUCCGAAAAUUCAAUGACGAAAAACCUCAACUUGCUGGUAUUUUGACUAAAUCUCAGAUGGAAUUUCGAGACAUUGAUCGUGAUCUUUACAAUGCUGCUAAAAGUAAAAACCAAAAUAUUUCUUUGGAAUACAUUCCUAAGCUAAUUGAGGAAGGGGCUUACAUAAGACAGGUUUUUGAGAUGAAUCGAAGCGUCAUGCAUGCUGCAGCUGAAAGCGGAAACGUAAAAAUUGCAUUUCACUAUCUUUUGGAUGUACCAGAUAACCUAUUAGUAAAUGCGGUAGAUGAUAAAGGAUACACACCAAUGCAUGUUGCAGCAGAUACUAAAAAUGCUGGUUUCAUAAACUUUUUAGCCACCCAUUCAGCAGAUGUUAAUGCUCAGACAACUUCAGAAAAAUUAACACCUUUGCAUCUGGCAGCAAGAAAAGGUUACUCUAUUGCUGUUAAUUAUUUACUUUCCAGUGAUAAAAUCGAGAUCAAUAAACCAGAAAAAUCCGGAUAUACACCUUUACAUUAUGCCGUCCGUGGUACUCCCAAAACAAUUCAAACUUUACUUGCUAAAGACCAAAUUUCAGUAAAUGCAAGGUCAGAUUUUGGUCUUACACCCUUUCAUUUAGCAGUAAUGAAAGGCAAUCGAGAAAUUUGUGACGCUUUGUUAAGUAGCGGUAAAGUGGAAGUCAAUGCUGGAGAUAAAAAUAACAUGACACCUCUUCAUUUUGCAGCGAUGGAGGGAAAUAUAAAUAUGAUACAGUACCUCCUUUCAGGAAAAAAAGAAGUUGAAGGUGUUGAAGUCAACGCAGUAACCUCGGAUACAAAUUGGACCCCACUCUACGCCGCUAUUUAUUUCCAACAAGAAGAUGCUGCUCUUGAACUGCUAAAGAAUGAAAAAGUUGACAUAAGCUUAACUUCCAAAGAGAAAAACACACCUCUGCAACUUUCCAUUGCAAAUGGACAAAUGAAAGUGUUCGAUGAAUUAUUGAAAAAAACUUCUGAUCUCGGAUCAACGACAGAAAAAGGACUUACCGCACUUCACGUUGCAGCUUUAAGACCAGAAGCAGAUUUCAUUGCUAAAUUAUUAGAUAGGAAUGCUAAUAUUGAUGCAAAAGCAUUGGAUGGAAAUACUCCUUUGCAUUUAGCUGCCAUAUCAGAUAAGAUGGACCCAAUUAUUCUCUUAAUAAACAAGGGAGCCAGUCUAAAACUCUUUAAUAACGAAAAUUUACUACCACCUUAUUAUUUUGUAAAAAAUAUGAACUUUGAAGCAAUGAAUGCAAUGGUAAAACAAGAUCCAAAUAUCCUUCAUUUCAAUACUACGGAAGGUAUAGCAGUAGGGCAAUAUUGUCUUGAUUUUGUCUUCUUUCGUAUCUUUGAUUUUUACAAAAAUAAAGAUUCCUUUGAAUAUCGAAAAUAUAAAAAUUUACCGCCUUUAGAAGCUUUUCAUAAACUGGGUUACUAUAAUUUACUUAGAACUCUAUCGUAUGAUGAAAAAUUAAUUAACGGAACGAUAGAAAUGGCUAACGAUGCAGUCAUAAUGUGCCUUGAAAUAGAAAAGAACCCAGAUAAAAAGCAAUGCAGUUUUACGUUUCCUAACUUCCAUCAGAAACGUGACAUUAACAAUGUCUACUCUAAGCUUCAACUAGCACAGAGCUCUACCGGUCCAGUUCAGAAUGUGAUGAGUCCAAAUCUCCUUGGGUCAAAACUCGCUGAUCCCAGAAAAUCUUUUUCAAAUGCUAAAACGUCAAUGGUCCAAAAUGUUGAUACAAAUGGUAUGUUGCUGUGGCUAGAUCUGAUUGUGAGAAAAGUAACAAAUGAGAAGUAUAAUAUGAAAUUAAACGCUCCGAUGUCUGCUCUAGAAUCUCAAGCCGAAGCUUUGAAAAUUGUUGAAAAGGUUAGUGAAUUUAUUGACAGCGUUAGUGAUGUGCCUGCAGAAGAGCUGAUAGACCUCGCCAAAUUGCACUCAGACGUAUACAAAUCUAUUGAAGGUGGAAAGAGCGACAUAAUUCUCAGUCUUUUGUGUGACCAGUUGAGGAGUAUUGUAGAUCCUGAGAGCAUGGAAGAUUUCUUUUCAGCUCUUAUUUCCGAUGCUUCCCAAAAUCAAGAUUUUAUUAACAACGUAAAGCAACGCUGCUUAUCUGAAGCUAAUAAGGAAUGAAAUUUGUUACUUCUGAAUUGCUUCUUUCGGUUUCAAAUUUUGCACAUUUUUAUAACGGUUUCGCUCACAAUUUCAAUUUUUUGCUGUCUGAAAUUUCAAGUAAUUUAUAGAAUAACAAUUAAAUUCAUAUUUCUGGCAGUUUAUAUCCUCGAUUUUAUUACUCCUCACAAAUUUUGCACGUUUUUAUAAAAGUAUUGAUUGAAAUUUUAAUUUUUUUGCUGUCUGAAAUUGAAAGUAAUUUAUGGAAUAACAAUUAAAUUUAUAUUUCAGACAGUUUAUAUUCACGAUUUUGUUAAUCCUCACAAAUUUUGGCAAGUUUUAAUAAAAGUAUUGAUAGCAAUUUCAAUUUUUCGCUCUUGAAAUUUAAAGUAAUUUAUAGAAUAACAAUUAAAUUUAUAUUUCUGGCAGUUUAUAUUCACGAUUUUGUUAAUCCUCACAAAUUUUGGCAAGUUUUAAUAAAAGUAUUGAUAACAAUUUCAAUUUUUCGCUCUUGAAAUUUAAAGUAAUUUAUAGAAUAACAAUUAAAUUUAUAUUUCUGGCAGUUUAUAUUCACGAUUUUAUUAAUCCUCACAAAUGUUGGCAAGUUUUAAUAAAAGUAUUGAAAGCAAUUUCAA